UGAAUGCAGGGUCCUGGGAGACCAGAUAUAGUGAAUGCAGGGUCCGGUGAGACAAGAACAUAGUGAAUGCAGGGUCCUGGGAGACCAGAUAUAAUGAAUGCAGGGUCCUGGAAGACCAGAUAUAGUGAAUGCAGGGUCCGCGGAGACCAGAUAUAUGGAAUGCAGGGUCCUGGGAGACCAGAUAUAGUGAAUGCAGGGUCUGGGGAGACCAGAUAUAAUGAAUGCAGGGUCCUGGGAGACCAGAUAUAGUGAAUGCAGGGUCUGGGGAGACUAGAUAUAGUGAAUGCAGGGUAUGGGGAAACUGGAUAUAGUGAAUGCAGGGUCUGGGGAGAGCAGAUAUAAUGAAUGCAGGGUCUGGGGAGACCAGAUAUAGUGAAUGCAGGGUCUGGGGAGAGCAGAUAUAUCGAAUGCAGGGUCCUGGAAGA